AUGUCAAUACAUAUGAUGUUAAUGAUCAUAUAAUUUUAAAAGAGUAAAGUAAACAUUUGAGAGUCAAGAUUCCUAAACCAAUAGAGAUAAUUACUAAGAGUUGGUCUAAAGCAUAUAUUAUAUUUUCACUUGGAAAUUAGAAUAAUAUGAAGAAGAUAGAAUCAGAAUUGAAUGCAAAAAAUAUAAUUAUAGGAGCCAAUAAUUUAAACAUUAGCAAUUCCAGAUUAUGUCUACUUAUCAAAUAGAAAGAUCAAAGAAAUAUAUUUGUUAAUAAUUAUUUUCAGUUAGUGCUUUUAAAUUUAAAAUAUAAAAUAUGGAUUAUGAAACCCUAUUUGUCAUUCUACCCAAGGAACCAAAAAAAUGGUCUCGGGAGGAUGUUUCAUUAUGGCUUAAAUUUGUUGGAUUAUAGUCUUUGCAAAGCACUUUCAGUAUAUAUUUAUGAAUAAGAAUAGCAAAUAAUUCGAUUGAUGGAUCAUGUUUAGAAUUAAUAGAAGAAAAUGACUUAGUAGAUGAUUUAGGAAUCAAUAGUAAGAUAGUUAGAAAAAAGUUGAUGCAUUGUAAAUAUAAUUUUAUAAGAAAGGGUUGAAAACUGGAUUAAAGGAGUAUACAUAACACAUAAAAUCAGUUAUUAUUGAUGAUAAGAGAUGUGAUAAGAUGGAAUAAGAAAACGCUACACUUGAAAAUACAGAAUCUGCAUAAGCACAAUAUGGAUAAAUUAAUAUAUCACAUGAAAUGAUGACUAAUUAUAUUAAGAAUAAUGAAAUGUAAUCUUAAUAGUUCUAGCAACCAUUAUGUGAAAUGUAAUAAAAUACAUCAUAUAAUAGUGAAAAUAAACCUUAGUUUUUAAAAAAAUAAUAAACCGGCAUUUAAUUAGAAUAAGAAAUAGAAAAUUUUGUAACACAAAUAUAAAAUGAACUCAUUAUUUAACCAACUGAAGGACCUUAAACUAAUUUCUAUUGUAUUAAAGAAUAAGGAGGAAAAAUAGGAAGGCACUCAAAUAAUUAGAUUUUGAUAUUAGAAGAAAGUAUAAGUAGAUUUCACGCGGAAAUAGUAUUUUAAAAUGAAUAAGUAAGAUUAAAUUUUUUAUGGGAUAGUUUUACAUAAAAGACAUUGGAUCAACAACUGGAACUUUUAUCAAAGUAGAAAGUAAAUUAGAAUUGCAAGUUGGAAUGAUUAUAGAGUUAGGUAGCAAUCAAUUUGAGAUUUAACAAUUGUGUAUGAAUAAUUAAUUAGUUGAAGUAAUAAAAUCUUUAUUUCUAUAUAGAUUAUCAUGUUCAUUAUUGAAGGACUAAAUUCAUCUGAAAAACAUAUAAUUGCUUUAAAUCCUUAAAAAUGUGUUACUACUGUAGGCAGAAAAUAAAAUGCAGACCUUACUUUUAGUGAAGAUCAUCAUCUUUCGAAUAUACAUGCCAAGAUUUGUCUUAUUGAGGGACGUGUCUAUUUGGAAGAUAUGGGAUCAACUAAUGGGUAUUUUUAUUUAUUUGAAUGACAGUUCCUGGAUUAGGUUAUCAAAAGAAGGAUAAUUCUCAUAGUUAUAUCCUUUAGAGAACUAAACAGUUUUCAAAAUUGGAACCACUUCUACAUAUUUAUGUAAAAGAACUACUUAGUUGAUUACUGAUAAGAAUAAUGAGAAUAAUUGUAUAAUUUGUAUAGAAAAUGAUCGGGAUGCUUUGUAUAUGCCCUGUAAACAUAAUACUGCAUGUCUCAAAUGUAGCAAGAAUUUAAAAGAUUGUCCAAUUUGCAGAACCAAAAUUCAAGAUGUUAUUAGGAUCUACAAAAACUGA